AUGUCUAGCAGAAUAUCAUCCCCUUCUACCAGCACCCUACAAUCAACCGCACCGUCCGUAUCGAGCACAGCGCCUCUUCGCGCCUCGGCAUCUCGGACUCAGAAGGAUUAUUACGCUGCUUUUGGUUCGCUACAGUCUACAUAUGGGAUGUGUGUUGGUCAAAGCGGUCAAUUAGCGUCUUCAUCAGCGCCUGCCCCAACGCCUCGGACGAAACCCUCUUCGCAGAGCUCACCACUCGGCCAUCCAUCUAUACCAUCAUCGACUAUGCCACAGAGCCAUUCUACUACUAAGAAGGACUAUUCUGCUGCCUUCGGCUCACUGCAGUCUACAUAUGGGAUGGGGGUCGGGCAAAUCAGACAAUUAUCGACAUCGUCGGUUCCUGCUCCAGAGAAAUCCUUGCAGAGCUCUUCACUCGGUCGUCAGUCGACAUCGUCGUCUCCUGCUGAGAGCACCCAGAAGGCAUCUUCGCCUCAACCAACAAAUCGAAAAGAUUACGAGGUAGCCUUCGGUGCCCUCUCAUCUUCACAAGGCGUGACACAACAACCUUCGUUACAAUCAGGGAACUGGUCACUAUAA